AUGGGGCCCCCUACUGACCCCGGGCCCUCGGGCAGUGCCCGAGUUCCCCAAUGGUCAGUCCGCCCCUGGUGCUUUGAUGAUCGGUGCCCAGCAGUGCCACCCACCAGUUCCACCCACCUGUGCCCAGCAGUGCUGCCCACCAGUGCCCAGCAGUGCCACCCAGCAGUGCACCCACCUGUGCCCAGCAGUGCCACCCACCUGUGCCCACCAGUGCCACCCACCUGUGCCCACCAGUGCCACCCACCACUGCCCAUCAAUGCAGUGCUGCCAGUCAGUGCCACCAGUCAGUGCCCAGCGGUUGUGCCAGUCAGUGCCCAUCAGUUGCGCCAGUCAAUGCCCAGCAGUGCCGCCAGUCAGUGCCCAACAGUGAUGCAGUCAGUGCCACCUAUCAGUGCUGUCUUUCAGUACCCAUCAUCAGUGCCGCCUAUCAGUGCCGCCUAUCCGGGACACCUCAUUAGUGCUGCCUAUCCGUGCCACCUCAUUAGUGCUGCCUAUCAGUGCCCUUCAGUGCUGCAUAUCAGUGCCUGUCAGUGCCACCUAUCAGUGCCCAUCAGUGCAGCCUCAUCAGUGUAGGAGAAAAAUUACCUGUUUGAAAACUUUUAUAAUAGAAACAAAGAAAAAUUAUUUUUUUCCCAAUUUUU